UCAUUGUUAACUAAUAUUAACCAUUGACAGCUUAUUGUAAAGUGUUACCUCUUCAAUUUACCUUUGUGUGACUGACAGAGUUCAUUUAAAUCUGACAUAUAGAAACCUUAACUUGACUGUAAAUGUUCUUUUGUUUAGAUGCAUACUACAGUCCUCAGAAAAGGAGAAAAGAUAACAAUAGAACAGUGCAUCUCAUGCUGUGAUAAAUAUCACUGCCCAUUUUGUGAGACCUGGGUCUACAAACCAGUGGACUUGUACAGUGUCACGAAGCAUGUGCAGGAUCAUCUGAAAACAGCUGUUCGUGAAGAAGAUUUUAUUAUCAUAAGAUGCAGCUUAAAAUGCAGAGAUGUUUCUCAUUUUCAUUGCUGCUAUUGUUCUGCUACAAUCAUACGAAAAGCACAAUUUAACAUCCAUCUUACAAAAUGCAAGCAAAAGAAACAAAAGUUUCCAUCUCCACAAAGAACUCCAUCACCCAUGGUUCUGAUUGGUAAUACACCUCUGCCUGCAGCUUCUGCUCAGACAGCACCCCUUCUUCAACCUCAGCCUUCUCCAAGUGAACCACGCACGUCUGUGUCUCCCACGCCCAGUACUCCACUGUAUCAACCCAAAGUAUGUAAGGGACCACCACUUCCAUCUCCUUUGAGUACCUUCACAUCUCUGCCUGCAGCUUCUGCUCAGACAGCACCCCUACUUCAAGCUCAGCCUUCUCCAAGUGAACCACGCACGUCUGUGUCUCCCACGCCCAGUACUCCACUGUAUCAACCCAAAGUAUGUAAGGGACCACCACUUCCAUCUCCUUUGAGUACCUUCACAUCUCUGCCUGCAGCUUCUGCUCAGACAGCACCCCUUCUUCAACCUCAGCCUUCUCCAAGUGAACCACGCACGUCUGUGUCUCCCACGCCCAGUACUCCACUGUAUCAACCCAAAGUAUGUAAGGGACCACCACUUCCAUCUCCUUUGAGUACCUUCACAUCUCUGCCUGCAGCUUCUGCUCAGACAGCACCCCUACUUCAAGCUCAGCCUUCUCCAAGUGAACCACGCACGUCUGUGUCUCCCACGCCCAGUACUCCACUGUAUCAACCCAAAGUAUGUGUCGUGAACUGGAGUGCAUUUUCUGUAGGAUACAGACAGGAGUUCCGGGUGCCGUAUUCACUGACCCAGUGCCUAUGGUGCCAUGAAACAUUCAAAGACUGCCCACCUGGCUAUGUUGGGAAUGGCAGGAGGGGAGUCCUGCGUGGAUUUUAUUCCUACAAAGACUUUAGGGCUACUGCUCAGUUGAUUGUUUUAUUAAAGAUGGAGGUGAAUUUUAGAAUGUGUAGGUGCAGAUGCAGUUUCUUUUUUCUUUCUCAUGUGUCAUGUUUAUAGUUGUAAUCUCUCUUUCUCU